ACACAAACAGACAAGCACUAAUGCGACGCCGUUGAGUUAACAGGUGUUCUCCGUUCAGUUUUAGGCUUUCAAUUUGUAUCGCUCUAUUUGAGCUCAAACUGUGUUUAGUUAGCAAUGUGUACGAAAAUGAGAACAUUUCAACCUUUGGCUAAAGGAGAGCUGAAAACGGAGGGGUUUACGGUGAAAUCCACCAUGAAGAAUUCAGUGGUGGUGGGCCCUCCAGCCGCAGGGGCUUUUAGAGAAAGGCCAGCUAAACCUACAGCCUUCCGUAAGUUCUACGAGCGCGGAGACUUUCCCAUCGCACUGGAACAUGACUCUAAAGGCAACCGCAUUGCUUGGAAGGUGGAGAUCGAAAAGCUGGACUACCAUCACUACCUCCCCCUGUUCUUUGACGGACUGUGUGAGACAGUUCACCCCUACGAGUUCUUCGCUCGACAGGGCAUCCAUGACAUGCUGGAGCAUGGUGGCAGUAAGAUCCUGCCUGUUAUUCCACAGCUCAUAAUACCCAUCAAGAAUGCUCUCAACACGAGGAGCAGGCAGGUCAUCUGCACCACGCUGAAGGUUCUGCAGCACCUGGUUGUAUCAGCAGAGAUGGUUGGUGAGGCGCUGGUCCCGUACUACAGACAGAUCCUCCCCAUUCUGAACAUUUUCAAGAACAUGAACAAAAACUCAGGUGAUGGUAUUGACUACAGCCAGCAGAAGAGGGAGAACAUCGGAGACCUGAUCCAAGAGACGUUGGAGGUGUUUGAACGCUAUGGGGGCGAGGACGCCUUUAUAAACAUCAAAUACAUGGUGCCCACUUACGAGUCCUGCCUUCUCAACUAAACGGAAUGGAGAACUCAUUUACAAACAUACUCAUAUACAAACAUGUAAACACACCCACUUUAUGUUACAAACCUAAUUUUGGACUUUAUUAAAGUCAUAAUGCAGAUGUUA